UGUUUUCAUUCUUUGAUCUUUUUGUAAUUUGGUGUCUAGUUUUAAAUUUUUUGUAAUUUUUAUCGCCUCGAUACCAAUUUCGCUUUUUUUUAUUUGCAGACGACUCCUACACAGCAUUGCAAAAAAAAAAAACCACCAAGAUUCGCAGCAACCAAAAAAUGCCGUCCACUUCAGCGAAACGACAGCCACCUGCAGCGACGCAACUAUCCGCGGGCGCACCAGCAUCAUCGGCCCCAGCAUCAGCAGCAACAGCGGCAGCGGCAGCGACGGCGCUGAUGGUCUCGUUUCCGCCGCUGGUGCCGCAUGCGGCGUCGAGCAAGAACAAGCUUCGCUCGUUUCUUCGCCGAAUUGUACCUGGCAGCAGUCGCUCCGACUCACCCGAUGCAAAAACAAGCGGCAACAGCAGCAACAGCAACGGCAGCCAAAGCUCGACUCCCAACGCGAAUUCUGGCAACAAUGACGCAUCUCAGCGGCUCAGCUCCAGCGUUAGCCAGAGCAACAGCAGCAACAGCAACAGCACCUUGGCCGUGGAUGGCAACGGUAGCAGCAGUGCCAGUGGCGACCACUCGCACCAACACGCCGUGUCCGUGCCGGUAAUUCCUGUAAUUCCUGUAAUUCCUGUCAUUCCUGCAAUUCCCGCACCUCCGCACCUUGGUCACGUUGCUGCUGAGCGCGCUGCGACGGUGACGUCGGAUGUCUCCGCGGUCGACCGCGCCAUCGACCCGGCCAGCUCACUCCUCAAUCCGAACGGCCCAACCUUGCGCACAACGAUACAACCCACCAUCUUUCCGCCAACGCCAUCUUCUCGCUCAUCCAUGCGUUUGCUCGACCAAGUGGAUAGCGAGACGGCGCUGUGGCGAGAUCCGGCGGCCACGAUCAGCUACACCUCCCACACCAAGCAACAGCAACAGCAGCCCAACUACAGUACUGCCGCCACCCCCACCACCACCACCACCACCACCAGCACCACAACCAAGAACAGUACUCCAUUCGCCAAAGCCAACCCCAGUAGCUCUAGUAACGGCGGCAUUGCACGGCGUAGAAACACAGAUUCUGCCUUGCAAAGCAGCCAACUUUUGAAUUUGAACGCCAGCCACGUCAACCACAACAAUGCGCCCAUCCCGACCCCCGGCUCCUCGUCCGAGCACCUGCCGAUUGGCCAAGUCUCCUCCACACAACCACCAGCAUCAGGCGCACAGCACCCACAUCAGAAUGCCGCGAGCGAGGAGGCCAGCGACUUGGCGUGCAGCAGCCCAAGUCCGCGCCGUGAACCGACCACCAUUUACCGCGCUGGCGUUCUUUCGCCAUAUUCGACACCGUCAUCGCUCUCGACCUCCACACCCUCACUACCAUCAUCGAGCGUAUCGUCGACAUCGACAGUGCAUUCGACAGAGACGUCCGUGCGCGGCCGUACCUCCCGGCGCGGCUCCAUCACCAGCAGCGGCAGCGACCACACGACGGGCAGCUCCACCAACUCGUUGCCUCAAACGACGCCAGCCCUUGUCAUCCAGCAUGCAUCGACCGUACCACGAUCACCAGAGUCGCCUCCAUUGACGACAAGCGCACUGCACGCUCAGCGCACUGCCGGCGAUCAGCUGCUCAGAGUUCCCUCCGCCGCCAGCCUCGGGCGCGACCCUGCUCACCUCAGCGCGGCUGCCGAGAGCCGACUUCGAGACAACUACCGCCAGCUACUCUGCAACCAGCUCAGCGUCUCGGUGCGAUUGGCAUCGUCGACAACCGCCCGCCAGCUCGGACAGCUCAACGACGGCCUGAAGGCAGCCAUCCAAUCGGGUGAGCUUGCUGCCUGGGUUCAAUCGACCCCUUCGUGUGUCAGCACGCCUCUUGCCACACCGGCAGGAUCCAUGACAUCCUUGGACGAGUUGCAGACGGUUGCGCCCGCAACGACGUCCAGCCCAGCCUCCCCGCGACAAAAAUCGAGGGACUCUGGUGAGGGCACCACCGCAGCAUCAUCCUCUGCUGGCGGAGAGUCACCGUUGCAACGAAGAGCUUCCCUCAACCGAGACGUGCGCAUGGAGACUCUGCUUGCGCGACAAGCACGCGUCCACAUGCUCGAGGACGAGCACACUGCCAAGGUCCCCGGAAUUGUCGCGGCCUGCAACGCCGUCAUCCAGUGGGUCCUCGUCGAGAUUCUGACAGCCAACGAGCUCCAGCUGCGCAUGGACCUGUAUUCGCUCUUUGUGCGCUUGACCAACAAGUGCGCCCAGUUUGGCAGCACUGUUGGCUUGCUUUGCGUUGUCAUUGCCUUGGAACACAACCUCAUCACCCAUUUGCACGGCGGCGAGCUGCGAGACGCGGUCAGCAAAAAGUCUCUCGCUCGCUACGUCGAGGCGCGGGCAGCCCUCAACUCGACCGACCCCAGCUUGGAGUUGCUGAGCAAAGCGCUGGGGAUUGCCUGCAAGCGCCCCAGUUUCCGACUCGAGUGCAUUGCUGGGUUUAGCCUGGAAAACUUGCAAAAGCUCGCGGCGAGCGUGCACUCGGAGACAGACAGCGCUCCCUGUGGUUCAGACAGACCUCUCCACUACGAGCGCCGCCACUCGGUGCGACACAUGUCGCGCCAGUCGUCGCAUAACACUUCCGAAAGUGGGCGUUCGCGGACAGCGUCGGGCGGAGACUUGCUCGAGACGAGCACCAACAGUCUUGUGCCCACGACCAGCUCGAGCAGCGGUAGCAGCUACUCGGCGGCACCACGUCACAGCACCUCGAGCUUGCUUCCUUCCAGUGCCAGCUCCUCCUCGUAUACCUCGCACACGAGCCACCUUGCCCAUGCUUUUGACGACAUUCCCUCGAUGGUGUCGCCCGAGCGACGCACGCGCGCAAGCGUCCCAGAAGUCGGCGUCGUGGAUGUCCGCCCUUGGAAUCGCACCCACUCGGACGGCGGCUUCAACUUCCAAAGCGUCGAAGCAGCCAACGCGCAGCGAUCCAAGCUCAAGGGUUCGGGCAGUCACUCGAGCUUUUUGGUUUACAAUCUGGGGAGCCAUCGCGGAAGCACGUCCAACCCUUCCAACACUCUGCCAACCGAACCGGGCCGAUCCGGUGGCAGCGGCCGCGACCGUUCAUCCAUCUCGCCGCCCGUGUCGCCCAAGGUUGCCAUCCACCCGGGUGUUGCUGGUCAGAUGGCAACGUCGGCCACCUCGUCACCGGUGCCUGGCGCCGCACUUUCUCUGAGUCACUUUUCGCAGUUUACCCGCUUGCUCCAGAACAGCCGCAAGAAGCAACCUUGCGGCUCGCAGCCGGCCGCGAUCGCCAGUGCUGAACGAGCGGACGAAAAGGAUUCCUUCGAGGAAGACGAGCCUGCACACCAUGUACAGCUCUCGCUCUCGCAAAGUACGCCCAGUUCUCUCGCGGCGCCAAAGCCGGUCAUGAAAAUGUUCCAGCUACCCCCUCCGCCGCAUCACAUCCCAUCGAUGGAUAGGCUUGUGGAAAGCCGCAGCGAGGCGGACGAAACCCUUGCGCGCAGUGAGAGUCGGUCUUCCGCGAUCGUUCGCGACGACAGCACUCAUUCUUCCGGGCAUUCGCGUCGUGAGUAAAUCUUCCUGUGAGGAAGUGGAAUAAUUUCACACUGUGUGGGACGAUGUACGCAAUUGCGCCUCUUCAAACCGAGCGUCGCAGUUCGAGGGCGGUGUGAUUUCGUGUUUCAUUUGUAGUUUAAUAAUAUUUUGAAACCAUA